AUGAACAAUAUUCUAAACGCACAGCGACUGCUACAAUUGUACCAAUUCAACCCUAAGUUGAAAGAUAUAUGGUAUCUGACAGCUGCAGCAACAUUCAGUGUUGCUAAUCAACCCCAGGAGAUUCCUAAAUUAUAUCAUUACGCAAUGCUUUUAAGUAAUGAAAAUUCAUACAAAUACCGUGUUACUCUGGCAUAUAAAACUAUUGAAUUAUUAUCAGAACAACCUGAAAAGAGGAUGAGUAUGAUAAAUGAGAUAUACGAGAAACCCACAGACUUGCAACGGCAGGUGUCUGCACGAUUUAGAGAGACUUUAUUGAAGACCGGUGCUCUAGCUGGGUUGCCAAGAGCAAUUAACGGUUUACAUACGUUAAAAGAAUUCACACCAGAAUCAUUAUUACCAGAGGCUAGUAAUAUAGAUCCCUGGAAUGCAGCAAUGGGUGGGGAGGAUCCAUGCCCUCAAAUCUUUACUGAACGUGAACAGAUGAGACAUACAGAGAAUGUGAAUAAUGUGAUGCGUCGUGGGCUAGAUCAAUGGAACAUGAUUUAUAAUAAAGUAAGUAACAGAGUCGUCAACAAUUUAAAUUCGUCUUAUCCAGAUCUUUGGUAUUUUACAUUAAUGCAUGUAUAUGGUCCUCUGUUUUCUUUUGAUUCCAUACUUUCUAAACAAGAAACAAGUUUGGUAGUAAUAUCAUCUCUAGUACCGCAAGAUGUAAAUCCGCAAUUACGUGGUCAUCUAAAAGGUGCUUUAAAUGUAGGUUGUGAUUAUGAUACGGUCGAAGCAGUUAGAAGAUUAUCAAUUUUAGUUUCUCAAUGGUGUAAUGUUAAAUGGAGAGACGGUAUAAUUGGGCUAUUACCUCCAAAGAAUAAAUCUCAAUCAAAUAGUCGUACAUAA